GUUGUGUUCAGUACGACGGCAGCGUGCAACGUGCACAGUUUGGUAACGCAGAGAGGCAAAACUCACUUUGAGCAAAUAGCAAAUCAAGUGGUUGAAUAUUGAAACAGUUUCAUUUAGUGACAGUGGUGUUGUGUUUUUUAUCGAAAACCAAACAAUCCGACCGACCUCAGUCGUCGUGUUUUUGAAUUGAGAACUGUUUACAUUCGUGAACUUUAAUAGUGUUUCGUAAAGAAAUUUAGGAAUAAAUAAAUCAGCAGUUUUCCAGAUAUCCUGCAGCGGAUUUUCAAAUAAGUGUUAUCUUAACAUCACGAUUUUGGAAUAUCAGUGAGGACGCAGGAUCAAUAGUUUCCGAAACAACAACUGAUUUUGAACGAUCUUCACGGAAUUCGGAUUUCACUGAUCUACGACCUCGUUGUGAUUCCAUGAACACAGAUGCUCGAUGGAACUUCAUCGCAGUAAAGCAUUAUAACUGUUAAUAUAGAGCAAAGGUAGUAGAAGCAGCAGCCGCUACAAUAACAACAACAAGCACAGCAAAUAAGGCACGCACACAUCUUGACUGCCAGACCUCUGCCCUCACGCACUUCAUCAUCGCGCAGCACCGUGCACCCAUACACCCAGCAAAGCACACACGCCCGAGUACGCGAGCACUUUAUUGAGCACACAAUGCGAAGUUGCCAUUUAAUUGCGCUGUCGAUUGGCGUUUGUGUGGCAGCACUGGCGCUAAUACCAGCCAGCGUGUGCGCCACGACAGAGGUGCAGGAGACGCCAUUGGCGUUGCCCGUCGCCGAACAGACACAGCCGACCACGGCUACACCGGGCGAAAUUUGGGAGGAAGACGAUCAUGAGAUUUUGAUACGUAACGAACGCGGCACAAAGAGCGAUGGUCUCUCCUGUCGUUAUGGCAAAAAUCCAUGGACUGAAUGCGACCAGAAAACCAACACACGCUCACGAACGUUGACAUUGAAGAAGGGCGAUCCGGCAUGCGAUCAAACGCGAACCAUACAAAAGAAAUGCAAAAAAGCCUGCCGAUAUGAGAAGGGUUCCUGGUCUGAGUGUGCCACCGGUCAAAUGACACGCGCUGACAAAUUAAAGGCGACCAGCGAUCCAUCGUGCGAAGCAACACGUGUCAUCAAGAAGAAUUGCAAACCCGGCAAAUCCAAGGAUAAGAGCGCCAAGGAACAGCGUAAGAAUAAGGAUAAAGGUGUACGCAAAGCACGCGCCUAAUUCUCCAACAACACACUAACAACCCAGCGAACUGUUUCAAUUUGAAUUCAAAAACAAAAGCAAAAACAACAACUAUUUUCGUUGAAACAUAAUGCAAAACACACAUAAAAACGCAUGCAACAACGCCACAAACACAAACAACAACAAAAACAAAAAUGAAUGCACAAAAGCGCAGGAAGAAGAUGCAGAGAGCAGUUCAUUUUUAAAAUCAAACAGCAACAAAAACACUACUAACUGACAGAUUUCAUACAGAGAAUCACAACAACAACCACAUAUACAACAAAACCACGAAGUAAAACGAAUAAUAGAUAACAGUAAAACCGAUAAAAAAGAGAGAUGAAAAGAAAAGCAAAAAAUAGCAAGUAAAAUUAAAUUUAAUUAAACCAGACUUAAAAAGUUAAAUAAAAUUAAUCAACAAAUACAUAGCUACAGCAAAAGUGACAUUACAAAAACAAUUAAUAAAAGUGUGAACCCUUAAAACCAAAACAAAACAAGAGACAAGACACAAACUUAUUUAUAGAGAUCUCCAAAAUUUGAUUACAACAAAGCAAAAUAGUAAAUACUGAAGAAAAACAACAACACAUUAAUAAGUUUAAAAAGUAAAUUAAAUUAAAAG